AUGAAGACCUCCCAACGGUUUACCAUGAAACAGAAUGACCCCAGGCUCUUUUGGGACCAACAUUAUAUAGGAGAAUAUCCAGAUAAUUUCACCAAAAGAAUAAGGCCUAGGGCAUUUAAUCCAAGUCAAUUUGAUACCAGACUAGAAGAAAUCCUUAGUAGUGUAGAUGUAAAGGGCGUCAGCAUUAAAACUCCCGAGGACUUCCACAAUAUUGCGAUACCUUCUACAUUUCCAGAUUAUCAACCAUUUGAUGCAAGGUUUACGUUUUCCAUAUUAUUGCAUUUCCUAGAGAGGUACGAGCUUGAUGAACUACCUGGAUUCCAUUGGGCCGAUUUCACAAGUAUGGAAUCAUUGGAAAAGUAUCUUUUCAGUAUUAAACUGUCUUGCGCUGAUUUUGAUAUUAGAACACAGAAUCUAACAACGGAUGCCAAGGAAGACAGGAGGAAUCCAAACAGAUACUGCAUUGAUGAUACCGAUAUACCAAAAUUACUUGAAACUUCAAAAGAUGGGGAAUUAGUCAAAAAUUUGAAAUAUAUUCAAGAGCAAACUUUUUCGACUGGAUUUCAUAUAUUUACGAAUUGUGGCAGACAGUCCUUUGAGUUUCGUCCUAUAAUAGGUAGGUCUUAUAUCUAUGAUUUCAUGCCAUCGCCAAAAUCAUUGAUUCUCUUAUUUCCCGAGUUUAAAGCAUUUCAAAUUGACAUCAACCAAGACAAGAAAUUGAAAUUGGUCCAAUACGCUGAUGUGGUAGAGAGAUCUAUAAAUGCCAAGGAUCAAAUUAUUAGUUUCAUGAAGGCUUUGCCUAUAAAAACCAACCCCAUGCAUUAUAAUAUUGAAUUGAAUCAUGAUGAAUUUAUUGACAAAUCACCCGAAAUAAUUGAACACCUAGAAGCCUCCGAUGAACCAUUAUCACAAAGAGAUCAAUUGUAUUUAGAAGGAUUGAAGUUUUCCAAUGCAAUCGAUAAACCUUAUAAAUUUUUCUCCGAAGCCUCGAUACUUAAAUCGCAAAAUGGGUUUUCGUCGGGGAUGCAUUAUGACUGGAGAUUUUUUAAUGGGAAUAUAGUGAAUUCUCCAAAGAAUGAUAUGUCUAUUCAUGGAUUAUUGAAGGCGAUGUUCAAACUAGCAAAUGCGUAUGAUAUCAAAUGUUGGAUUGCACAUGGGUCAUUGUUAUCCUGGUACUGGGAUGGUAUGAAAUUCCCUUGGGAUGGAGAUGUUGAUAUUACAAUGCCAAUUGAUGAAUUACACCACUUGACUAGACAGUUUAACCAGAGUCUAAUUGUUGAUUUUGGGAAUGAUAUCGAUCUGCAAAUCCGUUACGGGCGAUACUUUUUGGAUUCGUCAGCUUUUAUUAGUAGAAGAACGAAAGAAAACGGAAGGAAUAAUAUUGAUGCACGGCUAAUUGAUAUCGAUACUGGCAUUUAUAUUGACAUAACUGGAUUAGCGGUAACGUCAGCUAAAGCUCCUGACCGGUACGAUUAUUUAUUAAAAUCAACUGAAUACGAGCGCGACUCUGAGAGAAAUAUCAAGGAUACGUCAGUUACUGAAUACGAUGUCAAUACAUUCUUGCAAGCUUAUAAUUGCAAAAAUAACCAAUUCUUCAGGCUAAAAGAAUUAAGCCCUUUAAUGCUAUCUUUAUUUGAUGGAGAAUUCACAUAUGUCCCGAAUCAAAUAUCUAAUAUUUUAAUCAGCAAGUUUUCUCCGAAAUCAAUUACCAAAACACAAUAUAAAGACUACACCUAUGUUCCAAUAUUGCGACUUUGGUUGAAAACUGAAGUACUUUAUGAUUUCUUAGCAGCUACUACAAAACGAACCAAGAAAGAGAUGAAAGAUAAGAAGGUCGUUCCUGAGUUGAAUGAAGACCAAUGCUUGGAAUUACUAAGAACAAAAACUGAUAUCCUAGCAGAAUAUGUAAGAACCAGAAGGAUGACCGCAUUCCAUGAUGAAGAGAUUAAGAUGUUGCUACAGGAUGAAUCUACUGAAUUGUUAAAUUAUGAAGAAGGUACAUUGAUCGAUAAUACCGCUGUGUUCAGACCAGAUAUGUUUACGUGGGCAACUUUAAAGGAAAGAAACACUUACGACAAGGUUUGGAAGCGAGUGAAUAAAUUACUCAACGAAUAUGAAAAGAAAGGGAAAAAGGCACUGAAAGUAAUUCUUGGGGCGGAUGUCAUUCCAAAGGAAAAGCUACCAGAAGACGACAACAAUCCAGAGCAGAAUAAACUCAAAAGCAACGGAGAAAACGCAAUACAAAAGCAACAGCCAGUAAAGAUGAGCGAAGAUCCAAUAAAAGACGAUCCGAAUCUUAAGGUUCAAGACCUAGGUGAAUCUGGUAAGUCGCCUAAACUUAUUAACGUGCUUGAAGAAUUUUCCAAGGCUUUUGAAGGUGCAGGCAAAAUAAAGGAGCUUAUGAACUCAGACAAGUUACUAGAAGAAGCGGAAUUGUAG